GACAGGUUUCCUUUUUGACAGGUCGUCAUUGUACAAGUCAUUCAAGUCAUCGAAGUCAAGGCAGCAAGAUGUAUUAUCCGACUACUCCAACUACCUCUCGCAGUGGCUAUCUGCGCGGCCGCAAGCGCAUAAGGCCGCAUCCCAUAUCGCAGCUGCAGAGUGGAAAACCGACGUCGGAAUACAACGAGGAUGAGGAUAGCACAAAUGUUGAUCCAGAAGAAUCCAUCAGCUCCAACUCAUCGGAGACGGACACCUCGAUGGACGUGAAAGCGCAGGAUAUCAGCACGGAUAGUGGUCUGGACACUAGCCAGGAGACCGGCAACGAACCGCGCUACUCCCUUCGCAAGAUGGAUAAGAAUUCUCUUUAG